CCGGUUGACUUCCGCAGAAGGUGAUUGGCCGGCGCUGCUGUCCAAUCGGCGGCGGGCUGUCGGAUUCAAAUCGGGAUCGUUGGGACUGCGGUCGUUAGUCUCUAGCGAGUCGUUGCGUUGAGCAGACGUGUGCGAGUUGUCUGCUGUUCCCGCUUCGUGCUCUCUCAUUUCCAUCAGCCCGCCGGCAGGAUGGCCCACAAGCAGAUCUACUACUCGGACAAGUACUUCGACGAGCACUACGAGUACCGGCAUGUUAUGUUACCCAGAGAACUUUCCAAACAAGUACCUAAAACUCAUCUGAUGUCUGAAGAGGAGUGGAGGAGACUUGGUGUCCAACAGAGUCUAGGCUGGGUUCAUUACAUGAUUCAUGAGCCAGAACCACAUAUUCUUCUGUUUAGACGACCUCUUCCAAAAGAUCAACAAAAAUGAAGUUUACCUGGGGAAUGUCAAAUCUUUUUCAAAUUUAAUGUUUAUGUGUAUAUAAGGUAGUAUUCAGUGAAUACUUGAGAAAUGUACAAAUCUUUCAUCCAUACCUGUGCAUGAGCUGUAUUCUUCACAGCAACAGAGCUCAGUUAAAUGCAACUGCAACUAGGUUACUGUUAAGAUGUUUAAAAGUUCUUCCAGUUUUUCUCUUAAUAUUAAGUGACUGUUCGACUUUACCUGUUACUUUUGUUCAAUAAAGUUUGUAUGUUGCAUUUAUCACA